ACCAUGUCUCUCUCCAUCUUCCUCCUAUCUCUUGUAACCAUCCCUCUCUCCCUCCAUGCCAUCCCUGCACCCAGAGGUGUCCUUUUGAACUGUGGCUCAACCAAAGAUAUAGUCACAACGAACCUGAAAUUUAUUACCGAUGAAGGCUUCAUUUCCGUUGGCAACUCAUCAACCCUUAAAACACCAGAUUUGUUUCCAAUACUGUCUACAUUGAGGUUUCCGGACAAGUCGGCUAAGAAGUACUGCUACGUGAUUCCGGUGAUCAAAGGAGGGAAGUAUCUGAUAAGAACUACCUACUAUUAUGGAGGGUUUGAUGGAGGGAAUGAGCCACCGGUUUUUGAGCAGAUCAUUGAUGGAACCAAGUGGGGCAUUGUCAACACGAGAGAUUAUGCAAAGGGGCUCACCUCAUACUACGAGAUUGUCGUGGCUGCCAUGGGGAAGACGCUCAGCGUUUGCCUUGCCAGGAAUGGGAAGACGGUUUCGAGUCCAUUUAUUACAGCUCUGGAGCUGGAGAAUAUGGAGGCCUCUGUGUAUAAUUCCACUGAUUUUACCAAGUAUGCGCUGAACGUUGUUGCUAGACACAGUUUUGGCUCCAACGAUGAUAUCGUUUGCUUUCCAGAUGAUCCAUACAACCGGUUCUGGCAACCAUUCAUGGAUAAUAAUCCCAUUGUUGAGAGCCAUUCCAAUAUAACUUCUUCAGAUUUCUGGAACACGCCACCACUAAAGGUGUUUAAGUCAGCAAUCACAACAAGCAGAGGAACACUUCAACUCCAGUGGCCUACUGAACCUCUUCCUAGUAGCAAAUACUACAUUUCACUCUACUUCCAAGAUAAUCGGACACCAAGCCCAUUUAGUUGGAGAGUUUUCAGUGUUUCUGUUAAUGGCAAGAACUUUUUCACUAAUCUCAAUGUUACAACUGAUGGUGUGAUGGUGUAUGGGACACAAUGGCCUCUCUCUGGGCUGACUGAGAUUGUCAUGACUCCUGGGGCUGACAUACCCGUUGGGCCUGUGAUCAAUGCUGAGAUCUUUCAGAUGCUGCCUCUAGGUGGAAGGACUCUCACUAGGGAUGUCAUGGGAAUGGAAGAUUUGGCAAGAGGGUUUAACAACCCUCCUUCAGAUUGGAGUGGAGAUCCAUGCCUGCCUCAAAACAACUCAUGGACUGGAGUUACAUGUACAACAGGAAAACUCGCUCGAGUUGUUACUUUGAAUCUAACAAACUUCGGUUUGGCCGGGUCACUAUCACCAAGCAUAGCCAAUUUGACUGGACUUACGCAUCUUUGGCUUGGGGGGAACAAACUCUCGGGUCCUAUCCCAGAAAUGAGCACAUUGAAUGAGCUACAAACUUUACAUUUGGAGGACAAUGGCUUUGAAGGAUCUUUCCCUCAAUCAUUAGACCAGGUUACGAGCCUUCAAGAGAUUUACGUUCAAAACAACAAUCUAAAUGGUACUAUUCCAGGGACACUACAAAAGAGACUGGGCAUAAACCUCAAGGUUACUCCUGGAAAUCAUCUAUCAACGUCGGCCGAAAGUAAAUGAGGAAAGCUGAGAAAGGAACAGGAGGUUUUCCUAUACCAGUUCAAGAGGUAAUUGGGAAGCUUUUAGUCCUUAAAUGAAUCUGGGCAAGUUGGAAAAUAGGAUAUGAACACUGCCGAAAAUGGUGGAAGACAUCUACUGAAUACCCUUUACUUGUUUGUUUCGAUGGCUACAUGUUUGUGUUCUGCUUCUCCUAUUGUAGGCAUUGUUAUGCUAAAUCAACAAGCUGAGUCCCACACACUGUAA